UGGGAGGCGUCUCCAAAUGCAGCCCUGUAUCUUGCUCCUACAAGAUACCAAUUGCACAAUCCAGUUCCCAGUAAAACCUGAUACGAGCUACAGCAGAGAAAUCAGGGGGAAGGAUCCCACCACAGAGAGCAAGCCACUUCUCUGCUUUCUGAAUUUUCUAGGUGAUAUAUGAUGGGGUAUGUAUAUUUGAUCUUAUCUGCCUUCCUCUCAGUUUCCAUGACGUCUGAAACAUUUGAUGGAAUGGAAGGCGAAGCUUUCGUAAUAAAAUGUCCCAAAUGGAGUUCAUCUGUGCAAGUCACCUGGUAUCACACGGAUACUAACAAAAUAAUUCCUGCAGAAGAAGAGGGUUCACGAAUAUUUUCUGUAAACAGAUUUCUUUGGUUUCUGCCAACUUCUAGAGAAGAUUCUGGAAACUACACUUGCGUUAUACGUUUUUCAAAUAAUCGCACGAGGUCCUUCAACAUGAGUGUGCAGAUUCACCCAUACAAGCAAGGAGUGUGUUUCCCAAGUCAGAUUCGUUACCCAAAUGACACCGGGAGAGGAAAAAUAGUUUGUCCUACAAUUGACAAUUAUGAGAAUGCUACUAUCAUCCAGUGGUAUAAGGACUGCAAACCCCUCCAGGGAGAAAGAUUCUUCAUAGGAGAAAAAUAUAUUUUUAUUCACAACCCAAGAAAGGAGGAUAAUGGUUAUUAUACUUGUCAGUUUAACUGCACUCACAAAGGAAAUGUGUUUAAUGUAUCAGCAACAAGGAUUUUCAUAAGUAAGGCAAAACCCUCACCUCUCCCUCCUCAGAUUUUAUUUCCAAAGAAUAAUGAUGUAAUAGAAGUGGAGGUUGGUGCUGCUUUUUCUCUGAAAUGUCGGGCCCUCCUGGGGAUUAGGAAACAUCCACUGGCUGUUGUCACAUGGGAUGUAGACAACAUCCCAGUGAAACACCUGAAUACUUCAAGAUUUCGUGAAAAAACUGAUUUUUUUGAAGGACCUGAGCAUGGCUAUUAUAUAGAGACCACUUUGCAUAUUUCGGAAAUAAAAGAGGAGGAUCUGAAGGCAAAUUUCACCUGUGUGGCGCUGAACAAAAUGCAGAACACAAAGGCCACCGUGACAUUAAAACCCAAAGCACAAUUGGGUCUUCCUAACAUCUUCUUGAUCAUAGGAUUGCUGGUUCUGCUAGUUGUCAUAGCAGUCUCUGUUAUACUUUAUCAGUCCUUCCGAGUUGAUAUCGUCCUAUUGUUCCGGGAGAUAUUUCAGCCCUACUCAGCCAAAGAUGAUGGGAAGAUAUAUGAUGCAUAUGUUAUCUAUCCCCAAAACCACAACAGCGAAGCUAAUUUUGUAGAAUACUUUGUUUAUCAAAUCAUGGCAGAGAUUCUUGAAAAUAAAUGUGGAUAUAAACUGUGUAUUUAUGGGAGAGAUAUAUAUCCUGGAGAAGACACAGUAAGUGCAAUUGAGAAGAGGAUGCAGAAGAGCAGGCGGCUGAUCAUCCUUCUAACACACCAGCUGAUUAAUUGUGAAGAACCUGCUUAUGACCAACACAUCGCUCUGUACAAAGCCCUCAUUCAAAAGGACAUAAAGGUGAUCCUGCUGGAAAUAGAGAAAAUUGGGGUUUAUGAGCAACUUCAGGAAUCUCUUAGGUUUAUUAUUAAGCAGCAAGGUACCGUCAAAUGGAAAGAGCAGCACACUGGGCACCCCCAGUCACCCAGUUCUAAGUUCUGGAAACAGGUCAGGUACCACAUGCCACGGACUCUCAAGCCCGCAUACUCAGCUAAUGCCAGAUGAACAGCCUAUGAAAUA